AAACAAGUAAACAAACAAAAGCCGUUCCCUUUCUUCUUCACACCUGAACUGGAAUACGCUGCUCAUUUAUCCGCACCAGCAAAUCUACGCGCUGUGGGAGAUGCUCGUCCACCUCCACGUCCCCAGUUUGAGCGACAGCCCCCUCCACCAAUGAGCGCGCAGUGGAGGCGCAGGUCCGCCAAUCGCGGCGCGGUAAGAGGAGGCGACAGCCCCGCCCUCCCUCCAUGACGUCAUGCGCGAACAGCUGGUCCGCUGCGAGACGUGAAAAUGUGGACGAGCACGGCGAUAUAAAAAGCCGAACGGGCCGCGCUCUCGCUGGAGGUAAACACUCCGCGUUUUCCGGUCACGAUCCGCGGCGGCUUCUGAAGGCUCCAGCUCGGACAUGGGCCGCGCGCAGCUCCUGUUGCUCCUCUCCGCCUGCCUGUGCUCCGCCGGAGAUUGCUUAUUUGUGACGGAUUAUUUCACCCGGACGCCUCGCAAGCUAAAUGCCUUUCGUUCCUUCGCCAGCGUGGAGCUGUUCCACUUCAACGUGCCUGAUGACACCGUGGUGGCCGUCUGGAACCUCAUUACCUUCAAGGAGCAAGGGGGUACCUUCGGAGACAGCUGUCCUGACCGCAAUGUGACAGUAUAUUUCAGGUCAGGAGCCCCACCAGUGAUCAACCCCCUCAACACUCGUUUCCCACGAGACACCAUCAUCCCAGGGUCCUUCGCUGUCACUCUGACAUGGACGCUGCCCAACCGUACCACAGGGGUGUUCAAUGUCACCAGCCCACUCCCUGGAGACUGGUUCCUGGCUGCACAUCUACCAAAAGACGAAGGAAAAAUCUCUGUCAAGGGUCUUCAUGAAGAAUGUCAGUACCUCUUCCAACCUCAGCUGAUAGUCCAGAGGCUCAUUGGGAUUUCGGUGCUAUAUCCUGGCUACUUCAUAGACCAGAUGAUUCCAGUUCACAACAGAUCUGUUCUCUACAAAGUGUUCAUUCCCAGCUACAUAUCUCUGGUGAAAGUCCAGCUGGUGGACUGCGGCACCAGGAACAAGAGUGGUGAGAGCUGUCCGGUGCUGCUGAAGAUCCGGGCCAGGGCUCCACCGGUCCACAACUCCAGCUCAGUGGACUGCAGAGAGAACACGCCCUGCGAGCUGGAGCUACCACUGCUGUCCUGGGAGCAAUGGUACUACAUCCUUGUGGAGCGCUACCUCAGUACUGCAGACGUGUACUUCCGCAUCGGAGUACAAGUGAAAGAUUGCUCCAAGCCAAGUGUCACCAAGGGUUCCUCAGCCAUGAAUAUGCCCCAGUCAUUCGGCUCUGCCAUGGGCUUCUCCCUGUCAGAAACCCUUCCAGCUGCCAGCCUGCCUAGCCUGUCACGGAAUGGCUCUGAUCGAGGGCCGCUGCUGACAGCUGAAGACAGCAUCACCUAUUUGGCUCCGACUGCCGAUACGAAUAAAUGCUGGCCCAUCCGACCCACAUUACGAAAUGAGCUGGAUACCUUCUCCGUGCAUUUCUAUAUCUUCUUUGGACCCAACAUCUCCAUCCCUCCAGACCGGGCAGCGGUGUUUGCCAUUAAUCUGAUGCCAGUGCUGGACAGUGGAGGUGUCCUCAACAUGGAGCUCAAGCUCAACGUGUCUUCAGCAAAAGGGGAGAACAUGACUGUCUUUGGCUGCCUGAACCAUGGAAUGCCGCUAGCUCUUCGGGACAACUCCUCCGUCAAAUGUGAAUCUGAAGCCAUUUCAGGGUUUCUUCUAUCCGUGAACACCAGUACAAACAUUACCAAGCUACGGAUUCCAUACCCGCAAACUGGGACCUGGUACCUCAGCCUCCGAUCUCUAUGCUCCACAGAGCGCGGGUUUGAGGCAUGCACUAAUAUAACAGCAGAGGUGUAUCUUCGCUCAUACCUGACCCCAUGCAUCAACGACUGUGGCACUUACGGCCAGUGCAAGCUCCUCCGCACCAACAACUACCUGUAUGCUGCAUGCGAGUGCAAAGCAGGCUGGGACGGCUGGGGUUGUACAGACAAUACAGAGGCUUAUUCGUAUGGAUUUCAACUACUGUCCACCCUGCUGCUCUGUCUGAGUAACCUGAUGUUCGUUCCGCCCGUGGCCAUCGCCAUCCGCAGCCAUUAUCUGCUGGAAGCCUCCGUUUACAUCUUUACCAUGUUCUUCUCUACUUUCUAUCAUGCGUGUGAUCAGCCAGGCAUUGUGGUUUUCUGCAUUAUGGAGUAUGAUGUCCUCCAAUUCUGUGAUUUUCUUGGCUCCCUCAUGUCUGUAUGGGUCACUGUCAUUGCUAUGGCCAGACUUAAAUCCAUCAUCAAACAGGUGUUGUACCUGCUUGGGGCAAUGUCUCUGUCCAUGGCCCUGCAGCUGGACCGCCAUGGCCUAUGGAACCUGCUAGGCCCCAGCCUCUUUGCCUUGGGCAUAAUGGCCAUUGCCUGGACUGUGCGUACCAUCCGCCGUCGCCGCUGCUAUCCACCCACCUGGAAGCGCUGGGUCUUCUUCCUCUUCCCGGGCACCAUGAUCGCCACAUCGGCCGUGGCACUGUAUGCUUUCGUGGAGACGGAGGAGAACUACUUCUACAUCCACAGCAUCUGGCACAUGCUGAUCGCAGGCAGUGUGGGCUUCCUGCUGCCACCGCGCGCCAAACCCGACGCCAAAGUGACCCCGCUGAAGCGCCGCCGGGGCUGUGGCUACCAGCUCUGUGUCAACGAGCACGAGGAGAUGGGCCUGGUGGAUCCAGCCAUCAUCACCAUCAACAGCAUCUGCACCAGCUGAUAACACUCCACACGCUUCUCAAACACACGGACAUCUGUUUGCCUUUUCUCUCCUCCCUUUGGAAUUGAAAAAAAGGGAAAACAAAGCCAGAGAACUCAUCAUCACACUGUAAAUAAAAUCGGACUGAGGGAACACGUAAAUACACUUGAGUUGUUUUCUGUUUCUGUUUUUUGUUUGUUUUCUUUAUUGUUACACUAAUUAGCAUUUUUUGCAUUGCUGGUAAGUUGGGGUGGUUUGUGGUGGUAACAGUAUUGCACUGUUGUUUCUUUUUAAGAAGUCUAAGCUGAACAUGCUGCUGCUAUUUGACGGUGACUGUACAGACGUGUCAUGUAAUUAUUUAUUGUUUCCUCUGGAAUCCAAAAAGACCAAAACUAUUUUAGGGUUUGGCUGACAUUAGAGAAGACAGUUUGUGGAUAUAUAUUUGAAAGGCCUCUUCCAAAGUCCACGCUUGUUGUUUGUGUUCUUACUUACAGUUGACAUGAAACAGAAAUCACAGUGCGCUUUCCUUUCAGACCGUGACGUAUUUACGAGUGGAGGUCUGUUAUGUGGCCCAAGAAAAUAUUGGGUUCCAGGUUGGGCUGUGGUCAUAUUCACAUGGACAGUGCUUAUUAAAUGUUCACCAUGGACAAAAUACAAAGAAGGCUCACUAAAGGGGGACUAUUUAGAUCUCUGAAGGAGUCAGGGAAGUGUUUGUGAAAACAUUCUGACCUGGUUGUAAUAUCAGAUCAAAAGUACACUGGCCACAUACAGUGUUGAGCUUGUGACAGCCUUUUGAGCUACAAUGGAACUGUAGUGGCACCUCUUCAGUGACACAUUUACUGUGGAUGCAGCUAUUGUGCAGAAACAACAUCAGUAUCAGAGUCUUUCUUUGAACUUCCUCCCAGAAGUUAAUUCAAUUUCAGCUACAGCAAAAGCUCAGCUUUCAGAUAAGUAUGUAGUUUUUUUUUGUUGUUGUUAUUGUUGUUAAUUCUCACUCAGUCAAUUCAGGAGCUAAUUAACAAAGCAAAGCACUAUAAAAUUGUGUCUGUGAUAAUCUGGGUUUCUAGGUUAUCGUGUGUAUGAUAAUUGUAUUUGCACUUCAAAUUUAGCAGUACCAGUCGGACCAGGUCAGGUCGGGUUUCAGAGUUACUAGUUCAGUUUUAUGCCUGUGCAGGCCACUGUGGGUUUUAUUAAGGGCCUUAGUGCUAGCUCAGCAUUUUGCCCAGUGAUAGCUAGGUAGUGACAUUAUUGGUUGAUGGCAUUUUACUUCACUUACUGGUGCAUCAUGACAUAAUCAAAAUGAGAAAAUGUUUUUGAGAUGGGCAAAAGUCACAACACUUUACCUUUUCAAUGAAGAAUUGUGCUUAAUAUGAACAGGUGCAUGAACUAACAAGGUAAAAUUAAUGUCAAAUUUUGGUUUCUGGUUGAUUUUAAGAGCAUUCUGAGGCAAUUUCCAGAUUAGGAUCAUGUGUGCUGGUCUGGUACAUCCAGUUGCAGAAGUUCCCACAAUUUUAACUUUUUGUGAAACUUUUUUUUUUUUUAACUGUGGGACAUAAACUUGGUGUAUAGACCCCAAAACAUGUCGGGCCAUAUCAGAUCUAGGCAGGUUUUCUCUAUGGGAAAAAUGUCAUAUUUACAAAUCACUGUCAUGUGGUUAACAAAAAUGUCCUAAAUUUGGUACAUUUUUAUCAUAUUGGCAUUUUUCUUAACGCUGCUUUAACCACAGAAGCAUGAGGUCUUCAAGGAGCUGAAAUCCAAUUACUGCUACAUGCAAGCAAAUGCUGCUGCACACUGAGUCGAUAUUUUAAGACAGUGGCAACCUCCCAGUAAAACCCCACACAAACCAGCAAGCAUUGUCAAAUGUGGUAAUUAAGUUGCUUUGGCAGUAGUAGCUAACAAUUUGAAUAUCUGAUGUUGGCAUAAUAGUGUUAGUUUAAUAACACCUAUUUUCAUGUGACAUCAUUUCAGUGUGCAGAUGUGUUAGCUUGCUUGUAGCAUAUAGCAUUUUUGUUUUUUUACUGCUAAAUGACUCGGUGACAUUCAGGGGAAAGGUACAAAGGACAUCAUGUAUCAGGUUUGGAACAUUUUUGUUCACCACAGGGCACUAUGGAGGCGAUUUUUCCAAAACACCCCUUUUCAUCACAGAGAAAACUAACUCAGAUCCUGAGAUCCUAAUACGAGUAAGACAGCAAUUACAGAAUGAUGUACAACUUCAGUCUUUUUCAGAUUUGACAGAGUAUUGGAAAGUGUUUGCAUUUAGUGAAAUGGGACACACUUGGACAUUUAAAGCACAUGAGCGCACUCACAAGUACACACAAACCGCAAAUGUGAACUCUGGGACGGGCCAUGAGGCACGGAUUUUCUUUUUUCUGUUAUUUCCGUUCCUUCCUGAACUUGCACUGAGACACAAAAAUGUGACACUGUACAUUUUUAUAUAACUAGGUAGAGGUAAAUGUCACGACAUGUAAAUGUAUAGUUGUUUUCUUCCGUGGAAUGUCUGACCGUUCUUUGGAUCACAUUUUAUUGCCUUUGCGGAAUCGCUGAUUGUCGAUGUAUAGAGAAGGGGGGAUAGAGAGAUUCUGUUGCCAAGAACAGUUUUCUUCUUUUUUUAAUUUACUUUUUUUUUUUUUAAUGAAAGGGAAACCUCAGAUAAAUAACCUCAUAUUUCCUGUUGUAUUUACUCGGAGAGGAUCGGGUCAGAGGGGGCACCUUUUAACGCAUUAGCAACCAAUAAAACAAAUAAACAUUUUAUUUUUUCUGUA